UCUCUCUCUCUCUCUCUCUACCUUUCUCAAUUCUUGUUGAACAUGAAAAAACCUCAACUUGUAAUCCAAUACCCAGAUAGAGAUCAUGGACGCCACCGAAACUUGUUCUUCUUCAUCUUCUUCAUUUUCUUCGUCCGCUACUCAUGUAGACGACAGCGAAGAUCUCCCUUUGGACCAACUUGGCGAAUCGCAGAUGAAAAAUGAGUCUCUCACCGCCGAGCUCCAAGCUCUUCAAACCAAAUCUGCUGUGACGGAGGAGAACUUGGUCCUCCUCAACGCUGCUAUUGAACAAGUCUCCAGGGAGAGAGAUGAUCAAGUGUCAGAGUUACAGAGGAGGAUUGAUGAGGAAUUGAAGGAUAAACAAGGAAUUGGGAUCGAGCUCGAGGGUUGUAGGGAGAGAAUUAGGGAGUUGCUGGAGGAGAAGAGUGAGAUAAUUAGGGUUUUUUCGGAGCAUUUGGUGACCGUUAAAUCGGUUAAGGAGUGUUUGGUGAGGGUGGUUGAGAGCAUGGAGGAUGACCAAGUUAAAGUAGAAAGCGUUGUUGAUGAAGGCGAGCAAGUGAGAGGAGAAACUGAUUUAGAGGAAGAAUUGAGGGCAAUUUUGGUGGAAUUAAAGGCGGUUUCAAAGCUUGCAAGCAUGACAGAGAUGAAGUUGAGUGAGUAUGAAGAGAUGAGGAACAAGGAGAAGAGGGAGUUAGAGAAUAGUGUGGUGAGCUUGACGGAGGAGAAUCGGGACAUCAACAGUUUACUUAGGAUUGCUUUGGUGGAAAAAGAGGCAGUGGAGAAGAGUUUGAACAAGCUUAAAGGGAACAACAAUGAACAGAAGAGAGUGGCCAUCUUGCAGAUUGCAGAAAGAGGAUUACAGAAAGUUGGGUUUGGAUUUAUGAUGGGGACUGGAACUAAUGAACCAGCAGCAUCAGAAAUUGCAAGUGCUAAUAAUGCUGCAGGUAGUAAGUCAGAUGGUAGCGAAUGCGAAGAAGAGGUUGUGAGUCUGGCCUCAACUGUGGAGAGGAUAAUGAAAAAUUUACGACUUGAAAUCACCCAAUUGAGGAGGUCUUUGGAGGAAUCUAGGUCAGACACUGAGCGCCUACAGAGUCUUACGGAGAAACAAGCUCAGAAAAUUGCAGAAAAUGCAAUGUACAUAAAAGAGCUGGAAGAUAGAGAAACAAUGUUAUCCCAAAAUGUUGAGGAACUCCUGAUGGAAAUAAAGGAAACUGAAGAAGAGGUUGCUAGAUGGAGGGAAGCUUGUGAAUUGGAAGUGGAAGCUGGAAAGAAUGUUGUUGAAGAACGUGACAAAGUGGUUUCAAUUUUGAAGCAAGAGUUGGAGAAAACAAAGGCUGCUUUGGACAUAUCAAAUGGAAAAUUAAAGUUGAAAGAAGAACUUGCAGCUGCUGCAAUGGCUGCCCAAGCAGCAGCAGAGAGGUCUCUCAAGCUGGCUGACAGCAGAGCUGCAGGACACCAUGGGAGGAUCGAAGAGCUAACAAGACAAUUAGAAGAAGCAGAGAGCAGGGAACGGAACCGUCACAAGGUGAGGCACAUUUGUUGGCCUUGGCGUUUCCUCAAGGCGAAUCGUGCUAACAAUACAAACCCUAGAUUUCGAAAUUCCAGUCGGAUGCUACCAGAGAUGCAAGCUUUGCUUCUUUAGUGUCUAUCAUCUCAAUAUCUCUUAUUUUCUUAUGUAAUGCAAUUAUCAAAGCUUGUGUUGGAGUUUUACUUCCAAAUUCGGAGAUGACUGACAUGUCAUGCACUAUGGCUGCUCUUAUCAUGUCUUUUAUUUGCAUUAGAUGGCUGACAUGUCAUGAAAUCAAGUUUCAAGUCAGAAUUCAAAAAAUUCUUGUUGCAAACUCA